GCCUAAUUUAAAAGAACUGAUUCUCCCCUGGCAAAUGCCCAGGCUGUGUUGUGCUGGGACAAGCUAAACAGGCGAUAAUAAACCUCCCCAGGACGUGCCGAUUAGAUAAACCAAUGAGAACCAUUGAAGACACAGAUGUUAGAUUAAAAAACAUAAAUCGAAUGUUACUUUUAUAGUGUCUAUGAAUAGACAAAGACUUUUUGGUUCUAAAAUAGAUGGUUGGUGAGGCAAGAGAGGAGGGGCUAUGCUAAUAGUAGAGGUAGAAAAAAAGAGAGGUGGGUGGGUUCCAACUGGAAGGCCCACCCUAAAGGGAUUGGACACAGGGCCCAGGAGCCACGGGCCACUGCACUGGGGUCUAAGGAGAGUUCCUUGUCCACUGAAGGCGCUCAGUGAGUGGCUUGUCGGUGGACUGAAUGCCUGCCCACACCCCCUCCAGUCAAGCGUGCCUUCCUGGAGAGGCAGUAACUAAGCACUUAGUCACGGAGACGAGACGCUGCUACAUCUCUUGCACCUCCAAUGCAACAGGAACAACAAAGGAGAUACUUUAGCACAAAUGAUGCUGUCACAAGAAACAGAAGGUGGGAGUGUAUCUGUAAGAUAACUUUCUAGAUGAAGAGUUGCUGCUAACAAAAGUGAUGAAAGUGAAGGAGGAGAAGGUUGGGGUGGGAAAGCUGGACCCUACUAACUACAGGAGGAGAUAUCUGGAUCAGAAAGACUGCCCUUCUAUCCACAUUGGGUUUCCAGUCCCCACUUACCCCCAAAGGAAAGGUGACCAGAAAGGACGUCUUUCAGGCCUGCAAAACGUCCGCUGGGGCCUGCGGCCGGACAAGCCACAGCAGGAGCUGACUGGCCCGGGGAGCCAGGCCAGCAGCCGGGACAGCAGCAUGGAUCUCAUCAGCAGGACUCGGUCUCCAGCUGCUGAGCAGCUCCAGGACAUCCUGGGGGAGGAAGAUGAGGCUCCCAACCCCACCCUCUUCACAGAGAUGGACACUCUGCAGCACGACGGGGACCAGAUGGAGUGGAAGGAGUCGGCCAGGUGGAUAAAGUUUGAAGAAAAGGUGGAGGAAGGAGGCGAGCGCUGGAGCAAGCCCCACGUGUCCACACUGUCCCUGCACAGCCUCUUCGAGCUCCGCACCUGCCUGCAGACUGGGACGGUGCUCCUGGAUUUGGACAGCGGCUCCCUGCCGCAGAUCAUAGAUGACGUCAUUGAGAAGCAGAUCGAGGACGGGCUCCUGCGGCCGGAGCUCCGGGAAAGGGUCAGCUACGUCCUCUUGAGGAGGCACCGUCACCAAACCAAGAAGCCCAUCCACCGCUCCUUAGUGGACAUUGGAAAGUCGGUCUCCACCACGAAUCGCAGCCCCGCCCGGAGCCCCGCGGCCGGCCCAAGUCUCCACCACUCCACGGAGGACCUGCGGAUGCGGCAAAGCGCGGAUUACGGCCGUCUGUGUCACGCCCAGAGCAGAAGCAUGAAUGACAUUUCUCGAACCCCAAACACAGACCAGCGGAAAAACAAAUUCAUGAAGAAGAUCCCCAAGGACUCAGAAGCCUCCAACGUGCUGGUGGGUGAGGUGGACUUCCUGGACCAGCCGUUCAUCGCGUUCGUGCGUCUCAUCCAGUCAGCCAUGCUGGGCGGGGUGACCGAGGUGCCCGUCCCCACCAGAUUUCUGUUCAUACUACUGGGACCUUCCGGGAGAGCAAAAUCCUACAAUGAAAUUGGCCGUGCCAUCGCCACCCUCAUGGUAGACGAUCUUUUCAGCGACGUGGCCUAUAAAGCCCGCAAUAGGGAAGAUCUGAUCGCGGGGAUCGAUGAGUUUCUGGAUGAGGUCAUCGUCCUUCCCCCUGGAGAAUGGGACCCAAAUAUCCGAAUUGAGCCCCCCAAGAAAGUGCCCUCUGCUGACAAGAGGAAAUCUGUGUUCUCGCUGGCGGAGCUGGGCCAGAUGAACGGUUCUGUGGGCGGAGCUGGCGGUGCAGCUGCAGGAGGCGGCGGUGGUGGAGGUGGAGGAGGCAGCGGGGCUGGCGGCAGCGGAGCCAGUGGAGCCAGCGGUGGGGAUGAUGGAGAGAUGCCAGCCGUGCAUGAAGUCGGGGAGGAGCUUAUCUGGACAGGAAGGUUCUUCGGUGGCCUGCGUCUGGACAUCAAGAGGAAGCUGCCCUGGUUCCCAAGUGACUUCUAUGAUGGCUUCCACAUCCAGUCCAUCUCCGCCAUCCUAUUCAUCUACCUCGGCUGUAUCACCAAUGCGAUCACCUUUGGUGGGCUUCUGGGGGAUGCCACCGACAAUUAUCAGGGAGUGAUGGAGAGCUUCCUGGGCACUGCCAUGGCCGGCUCCUUGUUCUGCCUCUUCUCGGGACAGCCUCUCAUCAUCCUCAGCAGCACGGGGCCCAUCCUCAUCUUCGAGAAGCUCCUCUAUGACUUCAGCAAAGGCAACGGCCUGGACUACAUGGAGUUCCGCCUCUGGAUUGGCCUCCACUCGGCCGUCCAGUGCCUUAUCCUGGUGGCCACGGACGCCAGCUUUAUCAUCAAAUACAUCACCCGCUUCACCGAGGAGGGCUUCUCCACCCUCAUCAGCUUCAUCUUCAUCUACGAUGCCAUCAAGAAGAUGAUCGGUGCCUUCAGGUACUACCCCAUCAACAUGGACUUCAAGCCUGACUCCAUCACCACCUACAAAUGCGAGUGCGUCGCCCCUGACACAGCGAAUACAACCGUGUUCAAUGCUUCAGCCCCGCUGGCACCAAACACCAAUGCUUCUCUGUACAACCCCCUUAACCUCACAGCGCUGGACUGGUCCCUGCUGAGCAAGAAGGAGUGUCUGAGCUACGGCGGGCGUCUGCUCGGGAGUUCCUGCCAGUUCAUCCCAGACCUGGCGCUCAUGUCCUUCAUCCUUUUCUUCGGGACAUACUCCAUGACCCUGACCCUGAAGAAGUUCAAAUUCAGCCGCUAUUUUCCUACCAAGGUCCGGGCCCUGGUGGCUGACUUUUCCAUUGUUUUCUCCAUCUUGCUGUUCUGUGGGAUCGAUGCCUGUUUCGGCCUGGAAACGCCCAAGCUGCACGUUCCCAAUGUCAUCAAGCCCACACGGCCUGACCGAGGCUGGUUCGUGGCCCCCUUUGGGAAGAACCCAUGGUGGGUGUACCCUGCCAGCAUCCUGCCCGCCCUGCUAGUGACCAUCCUGAUCUUCAUGGACCAGCAGAUCACAGCCGUCAUUGUCAACCGGAAGGAGAACAAGCUGAAGAAGGCCGCUGGCUACCACCUGGACCUGUUCUGGGUGGGCGUCCUCAUGGCCCUGUGCUCCUUCAUGGGGCUCCCCUGGUACGUGGCUGCCACGGUCAUCUCCAUCGCCCACAUCGACAGCCUCAAGAUGGAGACAGAGACCAGCGCCCCGGGGGAGCAGCCCCAGUUCCUGGGGGUCAGGGAACAGAGAGUGACGGGCAUAGUCGUCUUCAUCCUGACCGGAAUCUCCGUCUUCCUGGCUCCCAUCUUGAAGUACAUCCCCAUGCCGGUGCUGUACGGAGUCUUCCUCUACAUGGGCGUGGCCUCCCUCAAUGGCAUCCAGUUCUGGGAACGCUGCAAGCUCUUCCUGAUGCCCGCCAAGCACCAGCCAGACCACGCCUUCCUGCGGCACGUGCCCCUGCGCCGGAUCCACCUCUUCACCCUGGUGCAGAUCCUCUGCCUGGCGGUGCUCUGGAUCCUCAAGUCCACGAUGGCUGCCAUCAUCUUCCCAGUCAUGAUCCUGGGCCUCAUCAUUGUCCGAAGACUUUUGGACCUCAUCUUCUCCCAGCACGAUCUGGCCUGGAUUGACAACAUCCUCCCGGAGAAGGACAAAAAGGAGACAGACAAGAAGAGGAAGAGGAAGAAAGGGGCCCAUGAGGACUGUGAUGAGGAGCCCCAGUUCCCUCCUCCCUCAAUUAUAAAGAUUCCCAUGGAAAGUGUCCAAUCAGAUCCCCAAAACGGUAUCCACUGCAUUGCCAGAAAAAGAUCUUCCAGUUGGAGUUACUCACUCUGAUUCUUCCUUCAGUGACUCAGAACUGGAUCGCAGCAUCACCUUGCACUUCCAAAUCUCCUGUCCAGCUUCACCUGCUUUCAACUACUCGCGGAGCCCAGUGUUCAUGGUGCCACAGGUGAAAAUAGAGAUGGAGUCGGACUAUGACUUCACAGACAUGGACAGAUAUCGAAGAGAAGCUGCUGGCGAGACCACCCUCUGAGAUGAAGCAGCUUCUCCCAGAUCAGGGAUAGAGGGAGGGCCUGGUUCAGUCUUAACUGGGAGAGUCUUGACUUCUUGGUGCCUGUUUCCUUCUUCACCAAACAGAGGGAGUCCUUUUGCCUGACAGAAAACUGGAGAUCUGUCAAUGUACUACAUAGGUGCAAAGCUCUCCUCUCCCCUUCCCUUUGUAGUUAUCAAAACACCUAAAGCUAAACGUUAUACCUUAUUUUAAAAUGCAUUCCAGCAUAGAGAUUAUAAUAUUUCUUUUGAAAUGAAAAAUGUUUGUUUCCCCAAACCAUAGCUAAGAUAAAUGGGCAAUCGUCAAUUUAUAUUUAAAACAAAUAACACUUUGAAAAAAUUUUAAAGGCUAUAUUUUAAUCUAGAUGGUCUUAAAAUACUCUUACAUCAAUAGACCAUGGUUGGAAUUUUUGUUUUGCAGUUUUGCAUAUUAAGAAAUGCUGAAAAGGUCCAAUCUUUUCUGUCCAUUGCAUUCAGUUUUCUAAGGGUUCUACAAAAAGUUUGAACCAUCUGCAUUAAGUGUGACUGCGGCUUUCCCAGAUUGAAAAGCCAGUUCCAAAAAUCUGUUCAUGAAAGAGCCAGUGCAUUUGAGUGGAUGUUUUUAAAAUAAAAUAGUUCUUGAAAUUUCAAACCACUUAUGAAAUCAACAAAAUGAUUGUUUAAAUUAGUAUAACUGGUUUUUCAUAGCUGGAAUCGCAUUUCUUUAUGCAUUUGGGUAGGUCAUUUCUGCAAAUUUUCAAUGCCGAUCCCCAAAGUCAAACUCCCAUUCUCACCAACAUCACAUGUUAAGCAGAGCUAACGUCACAUUUUGGAAGAUUGUAACUUUGUAAUAUUAAUCAAACUAGUACUUUAAAGGAAUGAUUGGAAGCCAUUUGGAUAGAUUAAAAUCAGUUAAUGAAGCAAACCUUUUCCCCAUGAAACUGAAGAGCAGUCAUUUUAUCAUCAAUCCACAUUUCACAAACACCAACCAUGUUUAUUUAACACCUACUAUGUGCCUGAUAGCCACAAUGCAUCUGACAUUUACUUUCUCCAAAACUAUGGAUUUGAAUCUUGAGUAAAUCACUUUGGUUAUAGUUACCACAUUUACUCAAGAUGACAAAUGCAGGUGCUUGCUUUUUUAAAGAAGACUGAUACUAGAUCAUUAACACUUUGAGUACCAGGACUGCUAAUUACCUGUAUUCCCUAGAGCCUAGUAUAGUGAGUGCCUGGUCCAUAGAAAGCUCUCAAUAAGUAUUUAUUAAAUUUAAUCUCAGAGCUUCCUUCCAAGGGAUACUGCCAAGAGGUAAAGCUCUAAACCUCUACCACUCCUACUGAUAGCAGAUUUACUUAGCUGGUCACUAACCCAGAACCAUCUCCUGAGCAUAACUAUAAAUUCUUUACAUUCAUCUGCACCAAUCCUCGGAAAUCUAACAAUCUACCCUUAACAUUUCAGUUUU